CAGCAUUAGUAGGCAAGAGAGUGAAUGAACAAAAUGGCAGAUGAAAGAGCUGUUAUACUGCGGUUAGAGCAGUUAAGUAGAGAAUACAACAUUCUUUCACAGUUGCUUACAACACAGCAAAGAAGUGGAGUUUCACAACAAGGUGCUAGUUCUGAUAAUGCUUUGCCAAGUAAUAAAGAUGCCAAGAUAUCCAGUCUUGAGAAAGAGGUGCAGGAGCUGACCAACAAGAUUGAAGCCCAGAUUUCUGAAAAAUGUGCAGUGGAGAAAGCUUUGCAGCAAAAAGAAAAUGAGAAUACAAAGCUUAUAGGAAAACUAAAACAAGAAAUCAAAGAUUGCAAUAAUGAUACAGAAGUUCUGAAAGAUGUUAUUAAGCGACUAAAUGAACAGCUGAAUAGAUAUCAUCUAAAGUAUGGCCGAAUACGAGAAGAAAACAUAGGGAGUAUAAAGAAAGAUUUGAAACAUGACAGCAUCUACAAAUUGGGUGCUCUCCUCACUGCCUAUGAUGAGAUCAUUUUGGAAAGAGAUGAAGCACUAAAAUCCAACUUGGAGAAAUUUGAAAAGUUAAUGGUAAAUGUCGAUGCAGUAACAGCUGAGAAUGAAAAACUUCAUCAACGGGUUAAGAAGCUGCAACAGGAAGCACCAAUGGGAUCAGAGGAAGCAGAAAUGGUUGCUGCAGAUGCCAAACUUUUGUUAGAAGAACGUGAGUUGCUACUCCAAGAAGUUCGCACUCUCCAUCAGCAGCAACAAGAAGAGUCUAUUAGUUAUCAACAGAGAGUUGCAAAACUACAGCAGCAUCUUGAAGAUAGCGAAACAAGAGUGGGCACUCUGUCUUCAGAGCUAGAUUCCCUGAGGACAGAAGCUGGCCAACUGGAGAGGCAGUGCAAGAAGCUCCAGCAACAACUACAGGAAUCUGUUUCAAAAGAGGAGCAUCAGAUAGCUGUUGAUGAAUGUCAAAGACUGUUUGAGAAGUUGCGUAAGACCUAUACCGAAGAGUCCGGAGACCUGAAAGGGAAGAUGCGAGCCGUGAAGCAGGAGAAGCAGACCCUAGCCGAGAAACUAACGGAUUCGUCAGCCCACGUCCACAACCUAAGUGUUCAAGUUUCAGGCCUAAAAGGAUCUCUGAGGAAAACAGAGAGUCGGGUAAAACGAAGAGAAAAGGCUCUCCAAGUUGUACAGACUACUGCACGUGUCGCCCAGACAAGACUUAAAUCCUUAUCAGAAGUGUGUAGCAAACUAUUGGAAGACAGAGAGAAGCUAUUAGAGGCCUUAGCAGCACAGAGGAAAGAAACUGAGGAGCUUUCUAAGGAACUUACCUUACGUAGUGCUGCAGUUGGUGCCUUAUCUCAGAAACUGAAGGAGGAAAGGAUAAAUUGGAGCAGUAAGAUGGCAGAGUGUGAGGGUGGUCGGCAAGCAGCCAAGGCGGCAUGGAAACGUUCCACAAAGGAGAACAGUCACUUGCGGACAUUAAUAGGAGCAAAAGAUGACACAAUAACUUCCCUCAUUGCUGACUAUAAAAUUCUUGGACUUGAAGUCAGCGAUGCAAAACAUCGUAGUCUUCAUCAGAAGUUGUCCAAAUCGGGUAAUCUUCCAGGAAAUUUACCCUUUUCUUAAUGAGUCUUUGAUCAAAACAUUGUUAUUUAGAUUUCUCACCAAUGAAUUAUGUGUGAAGUUAAAAGCUUGUUUUGUCAUAUUCAUGUAUUGUAUGUUUGUGAUUUUUAUAUCAAAGGUAUAUAUUUCUUAAUGCUGUGAGGUAAUGAUGAUUUUAUUUAGCAUAAGGCUUUAUGCAUUUAGCUUUAACCACAUGCUGAAUAUAAGACGUGAUGUUUUUAUCAAGAGACUAAGUGAAGUAUGAUGCUGAAAUAUUGAAUGAUCUUUAAUUAUUAACAAGUGAUUUGUGAUAGAAGUUACAUGCAAUCCGUCCAGGUUUAGUAGUUUUAGUAGACUGCCAUGUAAUUGCUUUAAGAUGUUUUUAAUCUAGUCAUUCAGGUAAAUAUAAGGUUGAAAGAAGGGUAUUUAUUUUUUGCAUUUAUUUAUAUAUACAUGUAUGCAUACACACAUUCAUAUAAACAUACAUACAUAUAUAUGUUAUGAUCUAUGGCCAUAUGUCUGUGUCAUACAUGACCACAGGUGUUCAGAUAGAUAACCAUUCAUUUCAAAUGCAUCAAAUUUAUGGAUUGUUGCUGAUUAUUAGAUCAUUCCUGUCUUUGAAAACCAAUCCUCACCUUGAAAGAUUAGGGUGUGGCAAUUCUGCAAUAUUAUUUUUUAUCUAUUAUAUAUUGACAUCAGCAAUUGUUAAUAACCUUGCCAUGGCAAUGAUUUGCUAUGUAUCCCAAUAAAAUCAUAAGAAAUAUUUCAGCAAAUAACCAUUACCUGUAACUGGCAUAUAUACCCACAUAUAUAAGUUGUUGGAAGUAAAUAAAAUGAAGGAAAACCAGAAAAAUGUAGUCUUGACUUCAGUUUCAUUUUGUAAAAUGUCUCUCUACAUAGAUGGCUCCACAAGCAUUCAGCCACCAAGGAGUCAGUGAGUAGACCUUGUAACCUCACGUGAUUUUGCCUUUCCUUGAGAAAUGUGUUUUUUACUAGUGCUCUCAAUAUCAGUGCUAUUGUUAUUAUUAUAGACAUUAUAAUUAUUAUAGUAUUAUUAAAAUUAAUUGCAAUAGAAUAUAAAAGAGAAUAUUUCAGAAAGUCAAGAUAAAUGGUUAACAAAUGAGAUUGUGACUAAGUACUUGUGGAGCCACAUAUGUAUAAAGACAAUUCAUAAACUCAUAGUGAGCAGUAGGUUAAUCCCAUUCUUUUGGGGAUGGUACGUGUGUAUAUGCCAUGCCCACCAUGAGUCUAAUUUAUUAUUUAUCUCUACGCAUAGAUGGCUCCGCAAGUACUAAGUCACUAAUGAGCCAGUUACAUGUACUACCUAUCUCACCUGUAUAAACUUUUCCUUGAUUUUCAGAAAUAUUUUCAGUUAUCUUAUAUUUCUGUUAGUAAUGUCAAUAACAUUAUUAUAAUCAUAAUGUCUAUGAUAAUAAAAACAGAAUCAGUAUUGAUAGCAUAAGUAAAAAAAACUUUUCCUGCAAAUUCAUCAAGUGAGGUCACAAGGUCUACAAAAUGACACCUUUGUGGCUAAGUACUCACAUGUCUGUGCAGAGACAUUUCACUAAAUAAUACUACAGUGAAGACAACCUUUUCCUGGCAACGGUGGGUUAACAUCUGCCAGAUGAUGGGUGAAGUGAUUUCAAAGUAGUUUCUCCUGCUGUAGAAAUACAUUAGAGUUUUUGUUAUAUUGUCAUUUUAUAUCUGUCACCACCAAUGUUUCCAUCAAUAUUUGAACUAUGUAGACUCUUCCUGUAGGUGGCAUGAAAGAUAGUUCUUCCAUGGAGAAGAUUGUUUGGUUGUCUUGUGAAUAAUUAAAUUAUAAAACUAUUUAUACUGCACAUGCCUUGGAACAUCUGUUUAAUUGGAAUAUCCAUCAUUUUGGGUAGGAUUUUGUAACUGAAUUAAAUUGCAAUGUAUAUUGUGUAUUACUGAAAUAUGCUAACUAGCAAAUGAUUUGUGUUUGUCCUUAAGCUAGCUAGUGUAGGUAGUAUUACUCAGUGCCUAGCUAAUCCGUUGAGACAAAGUACCUUCAGCUUGUGAAAACCCACUUUGAUCAAAUAAUACCUUUGUAGUGGUACCAGCUGAAUAAAGCACUAUACUUGGUUGAGGAGACAUCCCUAAAGCUGCAUUCAGUAUGUAAAUCCACACACAUAAGGGCUAUUGUUCUAUGAAACAUAUUAAAAGAUUUUCAAAGAGAUACAUAAUAAGUGCAAUUGGGGGUAUAACAGAAUCCACCUAACAAGCCCUUUGAAUUGUUGAUGUAAAGUUUAGUCACAUUAUCAGCCAGAAGAAUAUAUGUUGAUGCACCCACUGUUGAGUCAUUUUGCUGUGACGUAGGAAUACAAGGCUGACAAAUGUUCAAGGUCUUCAUUUGUUUAUUUUUGCACAAUAAUUUCAUAUAAAAAAAUUAUUAAUGCACAUUAUAGCAGCAUAUUACUAUGAUAUGUAAAAUAGUUUUGUAGCACAGUAUGCACAGUAAUGUAGUUUGAUUAUUUAUUUAUUACUAAUCAUUAUAGAAACAUUGGGCUUUCAGGAUGCUCAAAGUGUAUGUGAACUGUAGGUCUCAGGGUUAUUUAUUAAACAAAAGACUUGCACAAGACAGAUCUUUUCAUGAUACAGAAUUUUGAUGUGACUUUCCAUUAUUAUUUUCCAUAUUUCUUUCAUUCUAACAUAUAUUUAUUUUAACAUAUGGAUCAGGGCUUGAGUUCUUAAAAUAAAUUCCAUAUUGUCAUACCAGUAUAUAUAUAGUAUGUUUGCAUGUCAUUUUUUCUAUCACCUUUUUAUGAAAUGUGUGUUAUUAGAGUUAGAAUUACAUUUGUAUUACCCAUAUAUAUAUUUUUUCAUUUUUAAUUAAAUAUAUAUCUUCA